AUGGCAUUCUCUCUUCUCAGUCGUCCCGGCCACGUCGGAUUGGCAUUACUACUGGCAACAGCUAUUGCGAAAGUCUCGUGCAGUGUGCAACCAUUGGUCAUCAGGCCAAGUGACGUCUGGGAUGGUCUGGAUGGCACAUGGUCCUCCUUCAAUUUGAGUGUAGGAGUUCCUGCGCAGGAAGUCCGCCUUCUCCCAUCAUGGCAGUCUUUCCAAACUCUGGUUGUGGCUCCUGAAGGGUGUUCGAUGUAUACUAAUUACAAUGAUUGUGUCAAUUCUCGAGGAGAAGUCUUCAACCUGAGUCAAUCGAGAAACUGGAGCUAUGUCGGCAUCUUCGAAUUCGGAAUUGAACAGAAUCUGAAUCUUGUCGGAAACGCAUACUACGGUUAUGACAGCAUUGUCCUGGACGAUUCGAAUCACACCACCGUCGAGGGUGCGACAGUCGGUGCCUUUGCCGUAUCGGACUUCUGGCUAGGAAGCCUAGGACUGAAUCCAAAGCCUACCAAUUGGUCUGAAACCUCGCAUGGUGUCAGUCUCAUGACGAAGCUUAAAGCACAGGGUGAUAUUCCUAGUAUCUCGUUUGGCUACACUGCAGGUGCUCCGUAUCGCUUCACUGGUGUAGACGGAUCUCUUACUCUAGGUGGAUACGACCAGAGUCGUUUUCAAGUCAACGACAUUGAGUUCGACUUUGCUUCCGACCCUGUCAAGGACACCAUUGUUGCGAUACAGUCUAUCACCACGCAAGCAGUAAACUCAUCGUCCAGUGUGGAACUACUACCUGCACCAAUUUAUGCUUCAAUCGACUCCACUGUAAGCCAAAUUUGGCUUCCUCUCGAUGCUUGUCAGGCUUUCGAACAACAAUUUGGCCUGAUCUGGGACUCUACGUAUAACCUCUAUAUUGUUAACUCAUCACUCCACGCCUCUCUUCUGGCUCGUAAUGCUAGUGUCAACUUCACGAUCGGCACUACGGCUUCAGGACUUCAGCAGACGACAAUCACACUGCCCUACGCUGCGUUUGAUAUGACAGCACAAUCACCGUACCAGGGAUUGGCUGAUAGAUCAAAUUACUUUCCCCUUCGAAGAGCGGCGAACAGUUCUCAGUACACGCUUGGCCGGACCUUUAUGCAAGAAGCAUACAUCACUGUAGAUUACGAGCGCGCCAAGUUCAAUGUGUCUCAGUGCGUCUGGCCACAGAACAUCGGCGACACUCCGGAAAUUAUCACAAUCGAGCCAGCUCCGUCAUCUCAAAACAGUGGGUAUAGUGGAGCU